AUGCGAUCAGGUCACCUGAUACCCCUCCUGGUACUACUUCUGUUGAACGGCGUGCGGGGCACUCGUUUACCCCGCCUCCUCUUCAUCAUCCCUUCAGGCACACGCCCAGGAGAUGCAGAACAACGUCAGGCCGUGCUCGACACCUGGGCUAAGAAUCGUUCUGAUGUCUUUUUUGUCACCAGCACCAAAGUUGAGGGCGGCGCCGUCCUUGACCUGCCGCCCGAAGCGGAAGAAGGAGGGUACAUGCAGCUGCCGCGCAAGGUUCUACACUACCUCUUGCCGCGCGUGCACGCGCUCCACACCGAGCACCCCUUCGACUACCUGGUGAAGGUUGACCCUGAUACUUACGUGAAUGUCCCUCGUCUUGAAGAGAUGCUGGCAGAUUUUGACCUUGAGAUUCCACAAUACUUGGGCUCAGUGCGGGCUUACCCAGAUAACAGUCGCGGUGGAACGCUGUACGCCGAAAAGAUUGUCACCUUCUGCCAUGGUGGCUCUGACAUGUUUCUCAAUACGCAAUCUGAGGAGGAAGCGUUUGACUUUCUCGCACGUUGGGAGAAGGAGAGCCCUGACCAUUUUAUUUUUGGCGUGACAUACCACAAGGUACCCACGCCGAAAUCCAUGCAUGCACUUCAUGUGAAGGUUGCCAAGUUCAGCGUCAGACGCGACAUCGCCACCAAAGCCUGGCGCCACGUGGCCACGGCACGGCACCAGGCCUCCGAACGGCCUGUGCGUUACAAUUGUUCAACCCCAUCCAUCGAGGCCAUGUGCUACCAGGCGAGCCAGCAGCAUCCUUCUCGACCCGCCGAGCUUGCAGUGCAAGUCAAAACCCAAACAGAUGACUUGGUGUGGCCCCUCCCACGCUCUGAGGGACAUUGUCGAGGCCUACCGGAUUUGGAUGAACUGAGCGCCUUUGAUCGUCUCGUAUUGCUCUUUGUGGACCAGCGCCCUGAAUCGCGAGACGUGGCCCACCCGGCCACCAUGGCCAUUGAGCAGCUGGCUGCUGUUCAUCGAGGCCGUGUUGCCAUUUUACUCAUGACCCCUUUCGACCCCACAAUUGCGUGCCAAGCGGAACCGCCGGCAUCAGUGCAAGUCUAUGCCUUUGAGUACUCACAAAACGUACUCGAUGCAAAAGAACACGUGCGCGUGCCGUGGGAAUUUGUCGUCGUGCGCACAAUUUUGGAGCAAUGGGUUGUUGGCCACGAUGCAGCGGAUGUGCUUGUGGUACGCAGCCAGGCUCUCAAUUUCAAAGUGGGUGACACCAGUGCAACGCCCCGUUAG